CUGUUAUAUGAGGGGGUUGGCUGAGAGAGUCAGGAGAGGGGGUGUCUGCACUGUGAUUUCCCAACGAAACGUCAACGUUAGAGCGCCACGGCAGCAAGGGAACUACAGCAGUGCUCUUCAUGCGGGAAAUUAUGCCUGGUUUCUUGGGCAGAGAGGGACGCUCAAAUAACCAGGGAAACAUUAAUAUUACAUAUUUAACCUUUUGAUUUAGGCCAGUAGACAUACAUUACUGUGUUAACCACAAUGUUCUAGCAAAAAAAAUCUCAUUGCUGUGCUCGACACCGUCUGUCCCGUCGUCAGUAUGGAGAAGACGAUCUGCAGUCCGCAUCCUGGGACAAAUAAAACGAACUCUGGUUCACUGCUUUCGGACAAGGGGAAUUCGGGGAGAAAGAUCGGACGAGCUGGUUCUCACAGCCCCGGCUCGGCUUCGCUUGGGAACGGGGCCGGUGGAGGAGUGAGUCGGGGAGGUUUAUUGGGAAACAGUAUGCAUUUUCAGCAAGCGUGUAAGCGUCAGUUAGAAGGAGUGUUGAGCAAAUACACAAACUUAAUUCAAGGAUGGCAGAACAGGUACUUUGUGCUGGACCCAGAGCUGGGACAGCUGCAGUACUUUGUACAUGAACAUGGCAAGAGCCAGAAGCCCAGGGGCUCCCUGCCUCUGAUUGGUGCGUCGGUUGUCCAGAGUGAUGAGGCACCACACAUGUUUAUCGUCAACUCAUUCAAUGGCGAGCUUUACAAGCUCAGAGCAUCCGACGCCAAAGAGCAGCAGUUCUGGAUGAACCAACUCCAAGCGUGCGCCAGACGCCAUUCCGACAGCAGUGCCAAGGUCUGGAAGCUUAAGGGAUCGGAUGAGCACCUGAGUGUGGAGAGAACGACGGGAGGCAGCCAGGAGGGGCUGGGCUCGUCGUCUUCCGGUCGGUCCCGUAGCGUCUCCCUCCUCCCCCACCUCCCACCAACCUCAUCGCCUGGUAUCCAGAGGCACUUGGCGUGUCCGGGCACACCGAGCAACAUCGUGACCAUCACCCACCACAAGUCCCCAGCCGCUGCUCGACGGGCCAAGAACCAGUAUCCCGGCCGACUACUGGAGGUCAAAGAGGCGGUGAGCCAAGCAGAGGGCCAACAGAAGAACCUGGUCCAGUCCAUCGAGUCCCUCCCCACGCGAGGACCCCUUUCCUGCCUGGACCAGGACCUCCUGCUCCUCAAAGCCACGUCGGCCGCCACCCUGAGCUGCCUGGGAGAGUGCCUGAACAUCCUGCAACAGACCCAAACCCACAGCCAGCCCCAGGCCUCCCAGCCCAACCACACCCGCGGUCCCCCCUCCGAUGGUGUUCCUGUGUGGAGUGUACCAAAGUUGCCCUCGGGGGAGCACCUGAAGAACGGCGGCCCAACCCCUCUACGUUCUGCCGAGCCCUCCCCAGCCCUCAGGAAAAAAAGCCCUGCCCAUGGUGCUGAGCAGCACCCAGCGGGGUUGGAGGCCGUCAGCCCCAGUGAGGAGGUGACUGACAUGGAGGACAAUGACGAGGAGGACCUGGGAGUGUUGGACGACCAGCGAAGCAUCAUCCUGCACCUCCUCUCCCAGCUCAAACUGGGCAUGGACCUCACCCGGGUGGUGCUGCCCACGUUCAUCCUGGAGAAGCGCUCCCUGCUGGAGAUGUACGCUAACUUCAUGGCCCACCCGGACAUGUUCCUGUCCAUCACGGCUGGAGCCACGGCGGAGGACCGCAUCGUACGCUUCGUCGAGUACUAUCUUACCGCCUUCCACGAGGGACGCAAAGGAGCUGUGGCCAAGAAGCCCUACAACCCGGCACUGGGCGAGACAUUCCACUGUUCCUGGGAGGUGCCCCGGGACAGAGUGAGGCCCCUCAGGUCUCAGGGCCCCAGGGAAGCAGCCUCCAGGGGCCCCAACAACACCCAACAGCAGAACGAUCCAUCGGGGACUGAGUGUUACCGGGUUCGCUUCGUGGCUGAGCAGGUGUCACACCACCCGCCCGUCUCAGGAUUCUACUGCGAGUGCCCAGAGAGGAGUAUGUGUGUCAACACCCAUGUGUGGACAAGAAGCAAGUUCAUGGGCAUGUCCAUUGGUGUUUCCAUGAUAGGGGAAGGGACCUUAUGCCUUCUGGAGCAUGACGAGGAGUAUGUCUUCACGCUGCCCUGUGCCUACGCCCGCUCCAUCCUCACCGUGCCAUGGGUGGAGCUGGGUGGCAAAGUCACCAUCAUCUGUGCCAAGAGUGGAUACUCAGCCACAGUCACAUUCCACACCAAGCCUUUCUAUGGAGGGAAGGUACACAGGGUGACUGCAGAGAUCAAACACAAUCCGACCAACACUAUUGUGUGCAAGGCCCAGGGGGAGUGGAACGGAACCCUGGAGUUCACCUAUAGUAGUGGGGAGACCAAAGUGAUUGACACAACCAAACUGCCAAUCAUCAAGAAGAAGCUCCGGCCUGUGGAAAAGCAGGGACGGAAUGAGUCCAGGCGGUUAUGGCAGCAUGUCACCAAGUCACUGAAGGAGGGGAACAUGGACGAGGCCACGGAACACAAGCAUCGUCUAGAGGAGAGCCAGAGAAGGGAGGAGAGGCAGAGAGCUGCAGAUAACUCGCCCUGGACACCCACAUAUUUCAGCAAAAAGGGAGAAGGCUGGAUCUACCACAAUACUCUGUGGAAAUCUCACUGGCACAAGAACCAGACUGCUCUAACAGAGUGCCUCUAUCCCCCUAAAUGAGGGACUAGGCCAGGGGAAGGAUAAUGAUGGAACAGCGUAUUGAGGGAGUGAUGCCACUCUCUAUUGGGACCUGAGAUACUGACUCUUAAUGACAUGGACAAAGGACACACUCAUGUGGAUCAAGGUGCCAAAGUGGUUUCCACUUGAACUACGAGGGUGGGGGCGGGACAAAUAUAGAUUUUUAUAGUGUUCGAAGGUAGAGCGUUUCGAUUUUUCACUUUGCCCAAGGCAAUAUUUUUUGCAAAUGCACAGUAUGAUAUGAUUUGCCACCGGUAUUUUGUACCAGUUGUGUUGACACAUACAUGGUCCAUUUUGGUCCAAUCGCCUUUAUUUGUCAUGCAGCAUCAGAAUGCAAUGGUAGAAGAAUGCAGAUGGCAUCAGAUCAGGAGUCCAUUGCAGUGUUGGUGGAAUACAACACGUGAUCAUGGCAGAGAUGCGUUUGUGUUACAUGAGUUCCCGUCCUGUUUUUAACAAAUGCUUGAUGACUAGAAGUAGCUGAUUUCCUACCACUUUUCCAUUCCACCCAUCCUUAUCCCAUCCCAACCUUUGGAAGGAGUUUCGACCAUUCCUGAACGGAGCUGUCUGCCUCAGCUCUUCCAUGCAAACAGAUAUCCCAUCGCUCUCUUCCCCACUUAUUGCGGUCGUAAUAUCACACCGUCGCCGUUUUUUUCUUUAGGUUCCAACGGCGUGUCGUACUGUCCUUCUCCCGAUGGGGUCUUUCCUCCUUCCAGGGACGUGUCCUUAGGUUGGCAUUGAUGUCACAUAAUUAAGCUGGGGCUGUACCCAGCACACAAACUCCUCAUGCUAAUAUCUCAGUGGGCUGCCUCUGCAUUGAAUAUGGAUGAGGUGCACAGGAAGACACAACCACAUUCUCACAGAGGGGCACCGUCUCUCCAGAUGUCCUUCUGAAUUAUAUUGUUGACAGGAUAUGAGGUACAGUGGUGGUGGUGGUGGAGGGGAUGUUUUGGGUCAUGCAUAGCUAUUAUACGUUUACAUUUUCACAAAAUGUACUAACUGACGUACAGUAUAUACUGUGUAUAUAUUUAGUUAAAUACUAUUAUACAGUGCAUUCGGAAAGUAUUCAGACCCCUUGACUUUCUCCACAAUUUGCAAAAAUACCUGUUUUUGCUUUGUCGUUACGGGGUGUUGGGUGUAGAUUGAUGGAUUUUUGUAUUUAUUAUGUUGAUCCAUUUUAAAAUAAGGCUGUAAUGGAACAAACGUUAGAGCCUUAUUCUAAAAUUGAUUCAAUAAAACAAUUUCCUCAUCGAUCUACACACAACACCCCAUAACGACAAAGCAAAAAUUGUUUUAAAAAAAAAUGUUUGCAAUUGUAUUAAAACAUUUUUUUAAACAUACCUUAUUUACAUAAGUAUUCUGACCCUUUGUAAUGAGACUGGAAAUGUAAUGUGGAAAAAGGGGUCGGAAUAUUUCCAAAUGCGCUGUAUCUGAUUGCCUUUAUUAUAUUUAUUAUUCAGCCAAACAACUAAUGGAACCUCUUUGUUUUUAGUUUGCUCCAUAUUUUAGUCUUAGAAUAGUGAUCUAGAUUAUAGUGAUAGUGAUCUAUAUUCUCUGGUUGUGAAGUAAUUUCAACCAUCCAUGACUAUAGACUGUGUGUCUUGCAGCAUUACAUUGUAGUACUAUCAUGGUAUCUCUAUUAACGUCAGGAUCUCCUUGCAGUCCAAAUGAGAAAAUCAGCAGGGAUGAAAAGUAGCAGUCCAGUUUCUUGCAGCUACUGAGUAAUUUGGAGAAGGGCCCGAUUCCAACAUUAAGAAAUUGCGCAUUUCUCACGCACGCCUUUCCUACGCACUUCUCAAUAGUUGGUAUUCCGACUUACCUUAUGAAAGUGCAUACCGGGCUUUGCAGGUGUGGUUCCCUUGCACGCACUGAAUAAAUUAAACUGCUGAAAUUACCAUCCCACUUCCUGGCCAACAGAUGUUCUUGUGGAGUUUUCAUUCAAUAGGGUUUUCAAUACAUUAGCCAUCCCUUUAAAUACGGUGUGCCUUUUAGUUUGAAUUUUGUCGAAAGACUCAAUAGAAUAUAUUGAGAGAACAGAAUGUUAGGGAUCAUUGAAAUAAAACCAUCUAAAUAUAUGAAUAUUUGUCUGUUUCAGCACCAAUUGGUCGAUUUAAGAAUACUCUUGUAGAUUAUUUAGGGUUCGGAAAGUGUUUAAAAAAUCAUAAAAAACAGGUUUGGAGAGCCUUUACGCACGAAAGAAAGAACUGUGGUUUGAGUCAUUCAGAAAAUUGCCACAUUCAGUUCUUUAACACAAGGUAAUGUUGGAAGAUUAGUGUACAUAGAAUUGUAAGAGAGAGAAGUGUACAAUAGUAGGCUAUAUCCUGGUCAGUUCCGGCAAUACUGUGAUGACACAGCCAAGUAUUGUGCCAUUCGUUGGGUUCCAACUGUUACGAUCGUUCCAUAACGAUUGAAUUAGCCUACAUGUCUUUUUUUACUGUUACUAAUGAUCCACAUCAACAACCACAUGGCCGUGACUAACAGUCAAACGUUUACUUACGGGCCCUUUCCAACAAUGCAGAGAGAAAAUGAUAAGAGUCCAAGGAAUAAAUAACACAAGGAAUGAAUCGAAUCCAAUUGUAUUGGUCACAUACACAUGGUUAGCAGACGUUAAUGCGAGUGUAGCAAAAUGCUUGUGCUUCUAGUUCCGACAGUGCAGUAAUAUCUAACAAAUUCACAAUGACUGAUUUAUACACACAAAUGUAAAGGAUAAGAAUAUGUACAUAUAAAUAUAUGGUGAGCGAUGGCCGUGCGGCAUAGGCAAGAUGGUGUAGAAUACAGUAUAUACAUAUGAGAUGAGUAAUGUAGGAUAUGUAGACAUUAUUAAAGUGGCGUUAUUUAAAGUGACUAGUGAUACCUUUAUUAAAUGUAUUAAAUUGGCCAGAGAUUUGAGUCUGUAUAUUGGCAGCAGCCACUCAAUGUUAGUGAUGGCUGUUUAACAGUCUGAUGGCCUUGAGAUAGAAGCUGUUUUUCAGUCUCGCUCCCAGCUUUGAUGCACCUGUACUGACCUCACCUUCUGGAUGAUAGUGGGGUGAACAGACAGACAGUGGCUCGGGUGUUUGUUGUCCUUGAUGAUCUUUAUGGCCUUCCUGUGACAUCAGGUGGUGUAGGUGUCCUGGGGGCAGGUAGUUUGCCCCCGGUGAUGCAUUGUGCAGACCUCUCUACCCUCUGGAGAGCCUUAUGGUUGUGGGCGGAGCAGUUGCCAUACCAGGCAGUGAUACAGCUCUCGAUUGUACAUCUGUAAAAGUUUGUGAGUGUUGUAGGUGACGAGGUUGAAGAGGCGCUGUUGUGCCUUCACCACGCUGUCUGUGUGGGUGGACCAUUUCAGUUUGUCUGUGAUGUGUACGCCGAGGAACUUAAACGUUCCACCUUCUCCACUACUAUCCUGUCGAUGUGGAUAGGGGGGUGCUCCCUCUGCUAUUGCCUGAAGUCCACAUUCAUCUUCCUAUGUUUUGUUGACGUUGAGUGAGAGGUUAUUUUCCUGACACCACAUUCUGAGGGCCCUCACCUCCUCCCCGUUGGCCAUCUCGUCGUUGUUGGUAGUCAAGCCUACCAAUAUAGUGUCUGCAAACUUGACAAUUGAGUUGGAGGCAUGCAUGGCCACACAGCCACGGGGUAAACAGGGAGUACAGGAGAGGGCUGAGAACACACCCUUGUGGGGCCCCAGUGUUGAGGAUCAGUGGGGUGGAGAUGUUUCCUACCUUCACCACCUGGCGGCGGCCCGUCAGAAAGUCCAGGACCAGGUUGCACAGGACGGGUUACUAGUACUGAGUCCAUGUGCAGGGGUAGAUUUGUAAAUAUAGGUAGGAAUAAAGUGACUAGGUAAUGGGAUAGAUGAUAAACUAUUUAGCAGUCAUAUAGCUUGGGGCUAUAAGCUAUUCAGUGUCCUGUUGGUUCCAGACUUGCUGCAUGUUGCCUAGUCCAGGAUCCAGUUACAGAGAGAGAGUUUAAUCCCAUGGUCCUUAGUUUAGUGAUGAGCUUGAAGGGCACAAGGGUGUUGAACGUCAAUGAACAGCAUUCUCACAUAGGUGUUCCUUUUGUCCAGGUGGGAAAUGGCAGUGUGGAGUGCGUCAUCUGGGUGGGUGUCUGGGAUGAUGGUGUUGAUGUGAGUCAGCCUUCGAAAGCAUUUCAUGGCUACAGAUGCGAGUGCUUCGGGGCAAUAGUCAUUUAGACAGGUUACCUUGGCAUUCCUGGGCACAGGGACUAUGGUGGUCUGCUUGAAACAUGGAGGUUUUACAGACUGGGUCAGGGAGGUUGUGCUUAGCACUCCACUCUCCAGUCCUCAACCAUUACAAGCAUACCCAUAACAUGAUGCAGCCACCACUAUGCAUUGUAUUGGUCUUGCUUCAAACAUAACGCAUUGCUACAUUUUUACAGAAUUAGUUUCGUGCCUUAUCAUUUUUAUUAUGUACAGGCUUCACCACAACUGAGGGAUCUUAUAGAGACGAGGUAGUCAUUCAGAACUCAUGUUUAACACUAACAGUGACAUGCUUACCCCAGAAUUUAUUUAGGCUUUCCAUAACAAAGGAGUUGAAUACUUAAUGACUUGAAAAACAACUCUACUUGACAUUAUUGGGGUAUUGUGUAUAAGCCAAUGACAAAAUCUCUAGAAUACAUUUUUAAUGCAGGCUGUAAUAAAACGUGGAAAAAGUCAAGGGAUGCGAAUACUUUUGGUCCCCUAAAAUUGGGGGACCAUGUGCAAAAAGUGCUGUCAUCUGUAAAAGUUUCACCCAAAAUGUAUGAGAAUACCCUCAAAUUUAAGUUGACGGUCUGCACUUUAACCUCAGUCAUUAUAUAAUUCAAAAAUCCAAAAUGCUGGAUUAGGAGCGCCAAAACAAACAAACUGUCAACGUCCCAAUACUUUGAGAUCACUCGCUAUAUCUAAAACAAGUGUCAUUUAUAUUUACAAUUCCCUUGUCCAAAUGGAUUACUCAGUUUAUUAAUAUAUCUUAUCAAAUUGUAAAUUACAGUGCAUGGAGAAUGGUGUAAUUUCUAAUCAGGGAAAAAAAUUAAGUAGAUGCUUUUUCUACUUGGAACCGGUAGGUUCGAUAGACCUUAUUCUUGGUUUCCUCACGCUUAAAGGUGGUAGAAUUAAGUUAAGAUCAGAAUACGGUUUGUCUGUAGACACACUACCGGUCAAAAGUUUUAGAACACCUACUCAUUCAAGUUCUUUUAUUUUAUUUGGAAUUUUCUACAUUGUAGAAUAAUAGAAGACAAACUAUGAAAUAGCACAUAUGGAAUCAUGUAGUAACCAAAAAAUGUGUUAAAAAAAUCGAAAUACAUUAUCUAAAAUUCAACAAAUAGCCACCCUUUGCCUUGAUGACAACUUUGCACACUCUCAACCAGCUUCACCUGGAAUGCUUUUCCAACCAUCUUGAAGGAGUUCCCACAAAUGCUGAACACUUGUUGGCUGCUUUUCCUUCACUCUGUGGUCCAACUCAUCCCAAACCUUCUCAAUUUGGUUGAUGUCGGGGGAUUGUGGAGGCCAGGUCAUCUGAUGUAGCACUCCAUCUUGGUAAAAUAGCCCUUACCCAGCCUGAAGGUGUGUUGGGUCAUUGUCCUGUUGAAAAACAAAUGAUAGUCCCACUAAGUACAAACCAAAUGGGAUGGCGUGUUGCUGCAGAAUGCUAUGGUAGCCAUGCUGGUUAAUCGUGCCUAGAUUUCUAAAUAAGUCAGCGUCACCAGCAAAGCACCCCCACACCACCUCCUCCGAAUGUGUAUUUCCAACUGUAUGGAGCAUGGAGAUCUGUUCACCCACGUGUCUCAUAAAGACAAGGAUGUUGGAACCAAAAAUCUCCAAUUUGGACUCCAGACCAAAGGACAAAUUUCCACUGGUCUAAUGUCCAUUGCUCGUGUUUCUUGGCCCAAGCAAGUCUCAUCUUAUUGGUAACCUUUAGUAGUGGUUUCCUUUGUAGCAAUUCAACCAUGAAGGCCUGAUUGACACAGUCUCCUCUGAACAGUUGAUGUUGAGAUGCAUCUGUUACUUGAACUCUGAAGCAUUUAUUUGGGCUGUAAUUUCUGAGGCUGGUAACUUUAAUGAACUUAUCCUCUGCAGCAGAGAACUCUGGUUCUUCCAUUCCUGUGGCGGUCCUCAUGAGAGACAGUUUCAUCAUAGCGCUUGAUGGUUUUUGCGACUGCGCUUGAAGAAAUGUUCAAAGUUCUUGACAUUUUUUGUAUUGACUGACCAUGUAAUGGACUGUCAUUUCGCAAUGCUUAUUUGAGCUGUUCUUGCCACAAGACUGACUUCCAAACUGAAAUGCAUUCCAGGUGACUACCUCAUGAAGCUGGUUGAGAGAAUGCCUUGAUGACAGCAUGGCACACUCUUGGCGAAGGGUGGCUACUUGAAGAAUCUAAAAUAUAUUUUGAUUUGUUUAACACAUGUAAUCAGUGUUAUUUCAUAGAUUUGAAAUCACUAUUCUAGAAAAUAGUAAAAAUAAAGAAAAACCCUUUUGACUGAUAGUGUACCUCCGCUUUUUCGAUCUCCACCCCAAAUGAAUAGCAGGUGAAUAGAAAGCUAGUCUAAUACUUAAGUUCAAGGUCAGAAUACAAAGUGCAUAAAAAAAGGAAUUACGUUCCAUUUACAAGCGCUUAAUUAACUUGGGUCGGAAUCGGGCCUCAAUUGUGUUCUUGAAUUACUAGGGAUCGUGACCAGAACUACUGGAAAUAAUCAGAUGCAUGAUUUUGAUUAGAGUCCCCAGCACACCGAACUCAAGACAAGCGCAGGUAUUGAUACAGUCAAUAUACAUGAUCACUGUCUGAUGGAACUGGCGUUUCCAAAACAGGAUAGUGACUGUGGCUUAUUUGGAAGGAUCUGCUCACAAAUAGAUAUGUGUGUACAUUAAUAAACAUUUCAAUGUAAUGUAUCCAAGAGCUUGAACCAAACUUCACUUGGGUAAAAAAAAAAACCUAUGCAACACCAUUUUAUGACAAAAUUAUGUGGAUUUGGCUUUUUCAGCCAAACCCGUUGCUGACUGGUAUAAAAUUGAGCACACAGCCACGCAAUCUCUAUAGACAAGCAUAGGCAGUAGUAGAAUGGCCUGUACUCAGUGACUUAACGUGGUACCGUCGUAGGAUGCCACCUUUCCAACAAGUCAGUUCAAAUUUCUGCCCUGCUAGAGCUGCCCCUGUGAAGUGGAAACGUCUAGGAGCAACAACGGCUCAGCCGCAAAGUGGUAGGCCACACAAGCUCUGUCCUUGGUAGCAACACACACUAGAGUUCCACACUGCCUCUGGAUGCAAUGUCAGCACAAGAACUGUUCGUCGGGAGCUUCAUGGUUUCCAUGGCCUAGCAGUCGCACACAAGCCUAAGAUCACCAUGCGCAAUGCCAAGCAUCGGCUGGAGUGGUGUAAAGCUCGCCACCAUUGGACUCUGGAGUGAUGAAUCACGUUUCUCUAUCUGGCAGUGCGACAGACGAAUCUGGGUUUGCUAGGAAAAUACCCGCCGAAAUGCAUAGUGUCAACUGUAAAGUUUGGUGGGGGUGUUAUUCUUGGUUCGAGCUAGUUCUUCCAGCGAAGGGAAAUCUUAACGCUACAGAAUACAUUGACAUUCUAAAUGAUUCUGUGCUUCCAACUUUCCUGUUUCAUUCACCAUGACAAUGCCUCCGUGCACAAAGCGAGGUCCAUACAGAAAUGGUUUUGUCGUGAUCAGUGUGGAAGAACUUGUAGCCUGCACAGAGCCCCGACCUCAAUCCCAUUGAACACCUUUAGGAUGAAUUGGAACGCUGACUGCGAGCCACACCUAAUGUGCCUGACUAAUGCUCGUGGCUUAAGUCCCCGCAGCAAUACUACAACAUCUAGUGAGGGAAAAAAAAUCCUGGAGGCUCUUAUAGCAGCAAAGGGAGGAGGGGAGUCCAUAUUAAUGCCCAUGAUUUUGGAUUGAGAUGUUCAAUGAGCACCUGUACACAUACUUUUGGCCAUGUAGUGUAGGUUGAAUAGGGUAGGGAUUGUCUUGUUCUAAAAAAUGUGCCCUGGCAAUCACAAUAAGCCUCUGUUGUCAUAAAACGUUAAACGCUCCCAAGUAACGAGUCAGUAAAUGAAAAUACAGAACAGCUGUAAUUUGAAAGCUAGUGCUGCCAUCGUGUGGUACAUUUACAUUCUCUGAACCCUCAGUUUACAGCGCCCUCCACUAAUAUAUACCCUCGGUAAAUAUGUCUGCUGUUUAUCCGCUUGGUCUUUCAUUCAAAAUAUUCACAAAAUCUAACCUUUUAAUUGAAGUAAAAUGGUAGAGAAAUAUUUAUUUUAUUUCACAAUUUUUCUACAACACAUGUGCCACAAUUAUUGGCACCCAUAGAAAUCCUUGAGUAAAAUCCAACUGAAGCAUAUUUGUAUUUCACUUUAAGUUCACCUGAGUGAUUAGGAACACGAGUGAUAAGCCAUGACUUUCUGUUUCAGUGGGGUAUAAAAUGUGACACAGGCCAAGUUCCCAUAGCCAUCCAUCACUAUGGGAAUGACACGAGAAUACAGUAAAUGUGUGACAAAAGGCUACGAUCAGACGCCACCUACAUAACCACAAGCUGCUUGGGAUGGUUGCCAUAAAAAAAAACUUUGCUGUCAAACUCAAGUACCUGCGGAACGUUACUGGAACUUUCAAUGGGACCGGGUUCUAUGGUCAGAUGAGACCAUAGAGCUUAGGCAGAAAGAUGGCCAUGCAGAAAAGUACCUCAUCCCCACUGUGAAGUAUGUUGGUGGAUUGGAUGUUGUGGGGCUGUUUUACUUCCAAAGACCCUGGACAACAUGUUAGGAUACAUGAUGAUGAUGAAUGACUGCCUGUUAUAGGAAGCUUAAACUGGGCCUUGGUGGGAGCUUCCAGCAGGACAAUGAUUCAAAGCACACCUCAAAAUCAACACAAAAAUGGUUCACUGACCACAGAAUCAAGGUUUUUCCAUGGUCGUCCCAGUCCGCUGACCUAAACGCCGUAGAAAACCUGUGGGAUGAGCUGAAGAGGAGUCCACAAGCGUGUACCUUGGAAUCUGAAGGACCUGGAGAGAUUCUGCAUGGAGGGAUGGUCUCAUAUCUUGCCAUGUGUUCACCAACCUCAUUACACAUUAUAGAAGACUCAGAGCGGUGAGGUUGCACAAAUUAUUAAAUGAAAAAUUGUGGCACGCAUGAGAAAUUUGUUUUAUGAUAAUUAAAAUGUAAAAAAUCCUUUCAAUUGGUUGACUUUAAUUAAAAGGUUAUAUUUUUUGGGUUGAAUGAAAGACCAAGAGGAUAAACAAAGGUAUUUGAUCAUAUUUACCAAAGGGUGCCAAUAUUAGUGGAGGGCACUGUAUACCCAGGCCUUUGACUGUUGUAGAUGAGAGAAUUCCAUGUAAAAAAGGUGUUUUAUGUGCUUUAGAAUGCAUUUCCAUUGUAUUGUGCUUUAGAAUGCAUUUCCAUUGUAUUGUGCUUUAAAAAGUGGCCUUGUAAUUCCCGUCUCACUGAAUACAUGAGUUUCCUGGAAUUGCCUGAAGCCUCUGAUCAACUUUAGUAAAAGCAUCCCCGACCUCAAUCCCAUUGAACACCUUUAGGAUGAAUUGGAACGCUGACUGCGAGCCACACCUAAUAUCAGUGCCUGACUAAUGCUCGUGGCUUAAGUCCCCGCAGCAAUGCUACAACAUCUAGUGAGGGAAAAAAAUCCUGGAGGCUGUUAUAGCAGGUCGGGGCCCCCCCCAAAAAACUAAGAUACUUCAGGCAAACACCUUACAAUGAUUGUGUUACUAUCGGGAUAGUGAAUAAUUUGAGGACCAAUUCUUCUUACAAAGUUGAAUCUUUUAUUUACUCUACAUUUAAACAUGUUAACUUGGAAGGUGAGGGGGACCAGGGUUGUUAGAUUUAAAAAUAAAAAUCAAUGUAGUGGUGUGGCAGAGCGAGGAAGAGAAGGCGUUGAGAACCCAGAAGAGAAGGAACUAGUCCACCAUCCCCAAUAAAACCAGACAUAAUAAACAAGGUAACAAGAGAGCGAACAACCUGUACACUUUCUAUAUCACAUUAAGGCUCAAUCCAAUCCCUUCGUCUCCUCACACACACAUUGAAAAUCUCUGAUAUAAGCAGUUUAACAUAGGUUUCUCGAGUGUGUGUUUGAGCAAGGUCGAUAUGACGUAUGGAGUGCCAUUAAGUGAAAGCAGUGACAAUGCGGUCUUUCUCAGAGAAGCUCAAGAGACACGAACAGCGCCAUUUUUAAUAUCCAAAAAGGUGAAAUGACAUCACUUCUGUGUUUAAAGGAAACACAAAAUAAGUAUCAAACAAAAGAGGUAAACUGUUGAGUGAUUGAAGAUGUCAAUUAAAUAAAAACUCUGUAUUCCUAGAAAGUUUAUGUGUAGACCAUCUGAUGAGUCACACACCCACCC